AUGUGUGAAUUAUAUGAUCAGGCUUUCAGACGUCAAAUAAGCAAAGUUUUGGAAGCUCAGAAGUGUCUCAUAGACAUCAACAACCCGCAGAUCGAAUUACAUCUACUUCGAAGCUGCUUGGCUCUACUUAAAAUUAAUCACCUUCGUACGGUUGCUCCCGAUAAGGCAACUCAACAACUACUACUGUUUGACAAAGGCCUGUGCCUCUCUCGUGAGGUCAUAACUUAUUCACCUCUUUUGGAUGAAGCUUGGCUUCAAGCAACACUACCCAUCAAACGUGGAGGUAACAGUCAUGUUGCUGAUGGCUCAAAAUCAAGAAGAAAAAGUUCAGCUCACAGUUUGGGAUCGGGAACAUUAACUUCAAAGACGAAGUUUGAAGAGUUUCUUAACCUUGAUCACAUGCAGGAGCUAAAACGGAUGUUUGAGGAUGCUGAUGCAGAUCAAAAUGGUUGUUUGGAUAUUGAUGAAUUUAAGGGAGUUUUCAAAAAGCUUUUUGGAAUGGGGGCAAAGGGAUCAUCAGAAGAAUUGAUAACAGCACUGUUCAUGAAAGUUGAUACAAGUUCUGAUGGAUUUAUUGAUUGGGGGGAAUUUUGUAGCUACAUGCUGACUGAAUUUAGUGAGAAAGAUGAUGCAUAUCACAGAUCAGUAAAGGUGUUGUUCAACCUACCUGCAAUAGUUGUAUUUACUCCACAUCGUGACACAAUAGUCAGAAUUUGCCAUCAGAGUGACAAUAUAUUGGUUACUGCUAGUCAGGAUGGAAUGCUUGCAUUUUGGACAACUGACUUGUCUCUUAAGCGAACAUUUUAUCCACCCAAACUUGGUAGUCGUGGAGCAGACGCUGUUGGUCAUGGAACUGAAGCUACCACUCGGGGUGCUGACACUGUGACUCGUCCUAAGAAAAGAUGGGUAACAGAUGUAGCCUUGUUGACGCAAUUCAACAAAUUUGUAAUUUCAACUGGUGAACGGGAGCUUCAAUUCUAUGAAUUGUCUAGUUUUGAGCCAUACUGUCACAUUAGUGGUUUAGAGAGUGUUCCACUGAAGUUACACUUUUGGAGUGACCCUAAGAACCACAACUAUUGUCUGCUUUCAUUUGGUGAUGGAGAGGGUUGUAUCAGCACUUUCAUUUUUUAUAAUAUUUCAAGUUGCUUUAGACUAUGGAAGAAAUUUCCCAGGUCUGAUCAAGUACCAAGUGUUACAUUGGACCAAGUUGCAAGUUCACCUGAUUCCAGACUUGUCAGGUGGAAAGUUCAUGAGGAUUGGGUAGCUGAGUUGAGAUACUUUGAAGCAAUUCGAUCUGUCGUGUCUUGUUCACAUGAUCCAAACAGUGCUGUUGUCAUUGGAUCUGUUGAAGGCAGCACUCAUGUUGAGUCUUUCUUACGCGAGCUCAGUAACAAUCCUGCUGGUCGACGCAAUCUAUUUCAACAAAAGCGUCGUCACUAUGAUGCAGACCAGACAGUCUUUAAGAUUUACAAAGGUGCCAAGACAUUUGAUUUUUCUGCACCACAUAACACAUUGGCAACAGGAGGAAUGGAUCGAGUGUUGAGACUUUGGAAUCCAUACAUGCCAAGCAAGCCAGUUGCUAUGCUUCGUGGUCACAAUGGUCCUAUUACAAAGUUGGCUAUCUGUGAAGCUGAGGCACGAGUGUACACAAUCUCAACAGACAAGACUGUUAAGGUGUGGCAUAUACAAGAUCAGACUUGCUUAACUACUGUUACUGAGAAGAGCCACAAGGUUACUGGCACUCUUCAAGCAAUGCAUUACAAUCCUGGCUGCAGAACACUAGCAGUUGCCACUGAUGUAUUUGCAGUGCUUAGUCUUAAGGGAAGGUGAGCACUAAACAAGAUUGAUUAUUAAUGACUUGUGUGAACCAAUUAAAUUAAAAAUUGUUUAGGAUAUUAUUAUCAUAAAGCUAACAAUAAAUGUUGCUCUUAAAUGAAAGCAUAGAGGUGCUGAUGCCUCAAUGCCUUGGU